AUGUACGGACUUCGCCAAACCGGCCGAACCCUCCAGCUGAUCAAUUUGACCACACAGCGAUCGUUGAGCUUCACUUGUUCGCUCAACAAGGAGACCUUCGUCCGGGACAAGCCCCAUGUUAACAUCGGAACCGUCGGACACGUUGAUCACGGAAAGACUACUCUCACUGCCGCCAUUACUAAAGCGAUGGCUGAAGCGUUUCCCGAAAUCAACUCUUUCAAAGAUUACAAAGCUAUCGACAAUGCCCCUGAAGAACAGAAGCGAGGCAUCACUAUCAACGCGUCCCACGUCGAGUACUCCACCACCAAUCGUCAUUACAGCCACGUUGAUUGCCCUGGCCACGCUGAUUACAUUAAAAACAUGAUUUCCGGCACUUCAACUAUGGAUGGCGGUAUUUUGGUUAUUUCAGCUGCUGAUGGUGUUAUGCCACAGACACGAGAACAUAUUGUUUUGGCCAAACAAAUUGGAGUUAAACAUUUAGUAGUUUUUAUCAACAAAUGUGAUACCGUGGACGAAGAAAUGAUUGAACUUGUCGAAAUGGAAAUCAGAGAAGAAUUAACUGCCUGUGGCUUUGACGGUGAUAAUGCUUCAGUUAUUCCAGGCUCGGCCCUUUGUGAAAUCGAAAAUAAACAGCCUGAACUUGGACGGGAAGCUAUUCUUAAACUCAUGGAAGCCGUUGACAACGACAUUCCAGUGCCAGAGCGAAACUUGGACGAGCCACUUUUGAUGCCAAUCGAGAAUCUUUACAAAAUCCCUGGCCGAGGAACCGUCAUCACUGGCAACGUCGAGCGCGGUGUUGCCAACAAGGGCGACAAGGUCGAAAUUAUUGGUUAUGGCAAGCACUUCAAGGCUCAGAUCAACGGAAUGGAAACUUAUUUGAAGACUUUGGACCGAUUGGAGCCCGGAGAUAACGCUGGUGUUCUCGUCAAAGGUGUGAACCGAGAGCAGCUGAGAAGAGGAAUGGCGAUCGUCUCCCCUGGCUCAGUCAAACCAGCGUUGAAAGUUGAAGCGAACAUUUACAUUCUCACCGAUGAGGAAGGAGGCACUGGAAAGCCACUGAAACACAUGGGCCAGAACAUGAUCUUCUGCCGAACCUUUGACUGCAUGGCGGCGACGAUGUACAAGGACGAAAAGGACCGAAUCCUCCCCGGCGAGAACGGACUCAUGAACUUUGUUUUCCGAGUCCCAAUGGUUAUUGAAGAAGGAGACCGAUUUACUGUUCGAUCUGGAAAGACAACCGUUGGAACCGGAAUCGUAACGAAGGUUUACGACGAAUUGACCGAAAAGCAAGUCGCUGAAUGGUUCGACACGAAAGCUAGUAUGAAGAAGCCACUCUAA